AUGGCGGCGUGGCGCGGCGAGGUGGCGCGAGUGGCGCGGCAGCUGGCGGAUCGAACGGCGUUGGAGCGCGCCAAUGGGCUCACGGCGCUCGACGCGCUCCUCGCCGUCGACUCAAAAGUCGUGACGCCCUCUGCCCGCCCUUCCCCCGCCCGUUCGCCCUCCCCUUGCCUCACCCGCCAUUCCCAACUGCGCGCGCCGCCGCACAUCCGCAUUCCCCACUAUUUCUGCUUUCGCCACUCCCUCGCCUCCUCGUCCCCACCGCCCUCUCCCUUCGCCAUCCCGCUUCCUCUCCUUGCGCCUGUCUCUCUGUCCCCGUCGCACUCCAUCCUCUCCCCUCCGCCUCCAGCUCUCACCGCCCCCCUCCGCAAUUCCCGCCAUUCCCGCUUCCCCCAUUCCCCCUCUCCCCCGUUCCCCCAUUCGCCCCCAGGCGUGGCGAGCGGCAGUGACGGCGCGGGCAGGCGCAUGGAGGCAGUGAGCGCGCGCCUGCUCGCCAUGCAGGGGCGGGGGGACGCGGGGGCGGAUGGGGGAACGGGGGAGGGGGAAGGGGCGGAGGAAGAGGCAGGGAGCGCAGGGCGUGGGGCGCAGGGGUGGGACGGGAUGAUGAGCAUCAGUGCAUCAGCAUCAGCAUCAGCAUCAGCAUCAGCGCAUCAGCAUCAGCAUCAGCGCAUCAGCAUCAGCAUCAGCAUCAGCAUCAGCGCAUCAGCAUCAGCAUCAGCAUCAGCAUCAGCAUCAGCGCAUCAGCAUCAGCAUCAGCAUUAG